AUGCCUCGUUCAACAUGCUCAAAUUCUCUCGUCACACUCCUGCUCCUGCUCAACCUCGCUUUACUCGUCUUCAGCCAGGGCUCCCAGUUCAUCACAGGUCCUUGCACAAGUGAUGCUGACUGUGCCUCGGGAUGCUGUGGUUUCAACUCUGGUAAAUGCGCAGGCCCCGUAGUGGCCCAAGAACGCGACGGAGGUUGUGGCUUUGGUGAUGGCACACCCAACGACAGAGCUGCUCAAGCAUUCCGCAAUGGAGGCGCCACCUCUCCUGCUCCAGCCAACCCCAACACGGGUGGUGGUAACACUGGAAAUAACAACAACAAUAAUGGUGGCAACGGUGGAGCCAACCCUGGCACUACAGCCACAGGAACUCAAUUCAUUACCGGUGCAUGCACAAGCGACGCUGAUUGCGCGUCAGGGUGCUGUGGCUUCAACAGUGGAAAAUGUGCUGGCCCUGUAGUUGCUCAAGAACGUGAUGGUGGCUGCGGGUUUGGUGACAAUGCCCCGAAUGACAGAGCGGCACAAGCUUUCCGAAACGGUGGAGCCAUGUCACCAGCCAACCCCCCUCCUGCCACGGGCAACACUGGAAAUGCAGGCAACACAGGGGGAGGAAAUGGCAAUGGCAAUGGAAACACGGGUGGCAACGGCAACGGCAACAACAUCAUCGACACCAGCAUCCCCGGAUCACAAAACGUCGGCAACGGGAAUGGAAGACAGUUCAUCACCGGCCAAUGCUUUAGAGAUGCCGAUUGCGCAUCUGGGUGUUGUGGAUUCAACUCUGGCAAAUGUGCCGGCGCUGUCAUUGCUCAGACACGGGAUGGUGGUUGUGGAUUCGGCAAUAACACUCCAAACGACGAUGCUACUCGGGCAUUGGGGGCCAAAAAUAGGAGAGACAUUGAGAUGAGGGUCUAAAGCAAUGGAAAAG